AUGGCGCGCGUUCACCUAGCUCUCUUCCUCCUCCUCUUUGUCGCUGUGGUUGUCUCAGCUGUUGAUAAACCCUCGACGAUCACCUCUGGAGCCCCCACAACAGCUCCGACCAAUGUAGCUAAAGCUCCAGGAGGUAAUGACAACAAGGAUGCAGCUGCUACUCCCGGAGCAGUUGCUGGAUCUAUGGGAAGCGAUUCUUCGAACGCAAACUAUCCGCCACCUCAACCACCUUCCGAAAACGACGCUACCGUCACGGUUGAAUUUGCUUAUUUUGUAGCUGCUGCCAUGGUUGGAUCGUUCUUCUUUUUAUGA